AUGGAGAGAACCCAGCGGCAGGCACUGUUCUGCAUAACAGGGGCGCUGAGGUCAACCCCCACAAAUGCACUCGAAACUAUAGUUGGAGUUGAUCCCCUAGACAUCCAAGCGCAGAUGAUCGCAGGAAAGGCUGCACAACGCCUGGUUACAUCAGAACAUAUGUCUCUACAAGGACUCGGGCAUAGUUCAAUUGGUCGAGACAUGAGCAGCAUAUCUGACCACAUAGUCACCAGAACGAGCCCGGAUGUAAGAACAACAACAUUUAUGGGACCAGACGACUGGAAAACAGGUCAGGGCCAUGCUCAACACCUCAAUAUAUACACGGACGGCUCCAAGAUGGAAGGAGGAGUUGGAGCGGGAAUAUACUGUACAGACCCUGAAAUGAGGCUGUCGUAUAAACUACCGAGCCAAUGCAGCAUAUUCCAGGCGGAAGUAUUCGCCAUAGGGAAAGCUGCAGAGCUUGCGCAGAGCAUUGACCGCCCACAUGAAGCGGUUAACUUGUUCGUAGACAGUCAAACGGCGAUAAGAUCCAUGCAAUCGUCAGCGGUCAGUUCCAAAAGUGUACUGGCAAGCAGGGAGGCAAAAGAUAUCCUUACCACGACCACGUCAGUGCGGAUCUACUGGGUUCCCAGCCACCAGGGCAUCGAUGGUAAUGAGACGGCAGACGAACUUGCAAAGGAAGGCGUUGGACUGGCGAAUGAAAGAUCAGAAAUCGUUCCUGUCUCCCUUAGAACACUCCAAAGCGAACUGGAAAGACGGGCCGACACACGAGCCAAAAGCAGAUGGAGAAGAACUUCCACCACCUGCAAAAUUUCAAAAAUCAUGUGCAAAGAGCGCAACGCAAAACUCAGUCACUACGUGCUGCAUCUUCCAAGGAAAGACUACAGACUGCUAGUGGGAAUUAUUACAGGUCACUGCCUAGCUGCGGCACACACAGUCAAACUCGGCAUUACCAACAACGCCAAAUGCCGGAAAUGUGACGAAUUCGAGGCAAUUGAGACCUUGGAGCAUCUCAUUUGCAAGUGUCCGGCCCUAACAAGGGCGCUUCGGUUCUGGCAUCGGUAG